UGAAUACUUUUAUUCAGACCACUCCUUUUCUCUAAUAUCUAAAAUGGCUCCUAAUCAUCUACAUUAUAAAGUCUCAAGCUCCUUAUUUCAGGCUCCAAUUAGCUUUCCAAAAUUUUGUUCUUUGACUCCUUUCCUGCAUUUUUACUUCUAGCCAUGUUAAGCUACUCACUGUUCUCUAUAAAUGGUCCUAAAUUUUUCUAUAUUUGUGUAUCUGUUUAUAUAACUUUCUUCCCCUGGACUUAUCAUAAAUAGUGGGCUCUGUGUAUGGAGCAAGCAAAAAUGAACCAAAAGCAAUUCUGUAGGAAAACCUAACAGGGGUAGAGGGGCUGAUCUCUCCUGAAUGGAAGAAUGCUGAAGGGCAAAGCCCUUAUCACAGGUCUGCAGGGCUGGGUCAAGUUCACGAGCAAUUAAAGCACCAGCCUACGUGUAGGGUGCGAUUUGGCUGGGGCAAGGAUGGGAGGGUUGGAAGCAUAAGAGACAUUGAAAUCAGAGAAGACCAAAACAACAUAAACAUGAUGCUUCUCAGGGGAAUGAAGCUACCUAUAUUCCAAGAUCACAAUCAUCCUUAUACUGUUAUGUAACACUUAUUGAGUACCUUCUAUAUGAAAAGCUUUGUGCCAGACACAUACAUACACAAAGAUCAAUAAGACAAAUUUUGUGACCUCAAAGAAAUAUGCAAUAAACACAAAUAGUUCAAGAAGCAAAUGAAAAGUCAAGGAGGAGAGGUGGUGAGUUUGGAUUCAUGGAAAUAGCCAACCUGGAGUUCCCAAGUUGAACUUCCUCAUUAAACUUAGGCCAAUUGACAGUAAGGCAAAACGCUCUACAUACCUCCACACCCUUAAAAGGCAACUCUGCAUUAGAAACCAGCACACAGAAACCAGUGCAUGUGUGUGAUGGUUCUGAGAUCUAGAAAGAUGACAUAAUGUCUAACAUGCUGCCAGUGUUACCAGACAUCACCAGCAGAUUCACACUUACUGUUACACUGAGGAUAGCUGCUCUGACUCUCCAGUGCUAAGGGAGGAUCUCACUCUGUCCCAUGUCCAUCAUUUUGCUUUUCUCCUGCCUUCCAUGUAAGAAUAAUGACAAAGUCCACUUCCCUGAAGCUGCUUUUAUGAGACUCUCUGCUACAGUUGAGCCAUUUCUAUUAAUAUCAAGACCAUGACAAGAAAGGUAGUGUCAAAGGAUGACUUGGGUGGGCUGAAUCCCCUCCCUCCUCCCUCGCCCAGAGUUUCCAUCAAUACUCUCCUAGAACACACUGCUAAAUAAGCACACUACCUGAGUCAAAAUGUGUGUUGAACUCAAAAUCAGCUUCACAAUAAAAUUUAUCCCAUUAUUCCUUUCCAAAAAGACUGCUACUCCUAAGCUGUCUUGUAAAAGAAUGAUGUAGCCUCUGCUAUUGCUGAAAUCACACACUGUCAAGUUCUGUUGGUGCCAGUCACAGCGAGAAUGACCUUUUCCAAACUCUUUGCUACACUUUGUAGCAAAGCCUAACUGGACCCCAGCUAGGCUUAGGAUAGGUCUGGAUUAUCACAAGUUCUUUCUUGAAAACAGUUGUGCCAGCUUCUGGUCCUUGUAACUGUGCUGACUAUGGGCUCCACUGCUGGUUUACAGGGCGUGAGAGGGUAACGACACCAUGCCAUUCCCUCCCUCCUUCAACUUCCCUUCUCUUUCCUCUCUCUUUAUUCCCAAAUACAAAGAGAAACCAUUACAUGUAACAGUAGAUGCAAAUAGAUGCAGGGAGUGGAGAUCUAAGCUGCAGAUCUUCCAAAAAAAAAAAAUAUUCCAUUACAUUAGUGGACUCAACUCCUAAGAUCAGAAAUGCUGGAAUGGUUUUUAGAAAAAUUUCAUCAAAACCUAAUCAGCUUUAGUGUUUUAAGAAGCAAAUUACAAUUAGCUAGAAAAGCGAUUUAUGUGAAACAUCAUCCUUUUCAGUAAUUCUCAGUAUAUGAGACAUUAUUUAGAAGCAAAGAAACAAACCAAAAAUCUCAGUAAAAACUGUAACAGCAUUUCUAACACAGAGAAGGUGUUUUCACUGUCUCCUAACGGAAGCUUAACUAACUCUCAAAAGGAUGCAGAUACCUGAACUUCAAGAAAGGUAUACACCUUUUCUGUCCUUCUUAGUAUGGUCCUUAGGAGUGAAAAUUACUUCUCACUCACUACCCAACCCUCUUGGUCAUUUUCCCACUUCAGAUUUCUUCCUGUCUGUGACUGAUAAACCUCUUAGUACCUUCUGAAUUUUCUGGUAAAGAUGUCAUUUACAGUAGUGCUUUCAGCCUAACACAGGCCAGAAAAGGACUGACAGGUUAUUAGUGUUGUCAGUCACAGCCUCAUAGAAGGAAAAGGAUAGGGGACCCAAGCCUCUUAGCUAAAAGGGCAUGAAUGCAAUUUACCCCACAAUCCAUGAGCUGAUGCAACUACCCAGCUUUUGCCUCUCCACCCGGCAUUCUUGGAUUCCCUUUUGCUGCCCAUGUUAAGGUAUAAAUAACCCAUGGUGGACACUGGUUGGUUGGUUGGAUGGACAGACAGAUAAUGUCCCUUGACUAGAGCCAGGAUAGAUGAAGAGUAAGAAAGAGAAACUCAAAUCUUAGGUGUGCUAUUUGUUGCAAUUGAAAUGAAAAGAUUUAGUGAGGGAAAGUGGGACUACCGACUAAAAUUAAAUGCAUGAAUUUCAGCUUGUUUUGCCACUCUUUCGGCUAACUAAUUUGGAUUUUACUCAGAGUUAACUGUGCUAAUAUAAUCCUCAAGCCAUACAAGCAUACCCUACAUAAUGGAUCUAGAUGUUAACUCUCAUAUGGAGAAAACAGCAAUUCUAGCCAUAGCUUUCAUGUCAUGCAUGAUUUCCAACUUCCCUAGAAAAUGGUUUCAGUUAAAAUAAAAAUAUGGGCUAUUUAAUUUCCAUUCACUGCAACAGGUUGACAGUGCAACAGGUUUGGAAGCAGUGUAGUUAAAAUCAUGAAUUAUUCUGCAUCAUCUGGGAGGCAAGACCAUGUUACUCCAAUGCCUUUAUUUCCUUUGAAAAUGGGAAUAGCAUGAUGCCUCAAGGCAAUAUACACAUCUCAACACAAAGCCCCAAAACACAAGGCCCUGUCUGACUGUUGAGUGUGUCCCUCUGCCUUUAUUUCCAUAACAAACAAUACCCCUGCCACACAAAGAGUGGCUAGAUCAAGGGGAAAAGAUAGCACACACAGUGUGCUCUUAAAACCCUUGGAUCAAAUUAAGAACCACAUUUUGAUCCAACAGCACAAAACCCAAUGCUAGACUCCCUCAAAAGCCAAAGUGAACAGGUGCCAUCUUUCUGAUGUGAAAUCCUGGGGACAAAUGCUUAAGAAGGCAAGAGAUAAGUUUAUGCGUGUCUGUGACCCUGUUGGCCUCUACCCCUUUGAACUGGUUAGCUCUGAGGAAUGGGGCCUUUGAUGUGGAAAGUCUUGGUCCCCCCAGGCCUGGGGUGAAACAGGAGAGAUAGAGGCAUGGUGGGGAAGGCAGCAGUGCAAGUCUGAGCCCCAUGGAGAGGAGAUGUUUUUCCUGCCCCUGCCCCUAGUGAGGCUCCUGGACUGUGAUGAUGGGAAGGAACUGAUCUGUUUUGGUGUAUGAUUUUUCGGCUUUGGGACAUAACAGGAGAUAGCACCUUAGACAAAGCAGUGGUCCUCUGCAGUGGAACAGCUGGAAGGAGGCCAGCCAUGCCUAGUGGACAAGGGCCUGAUUGAGUGAGUGUUCGGCAGCCCUGGAGAUGAGCCAAAAUAUCUGCCAAGGGAGGGCACUUUACCAGCCUGUUCCAACCAGGGGGAGCUAAGAGCCAGCAGCAUUCAGAUACAAAAUACUGAUUUGUUUCUUCCCUAACAAUAGGCUAGUGAGGCCUGGGGACACACAGAUUACCAAAACAAGUAUCCAACAGACAUGGGAUUCUGGUUUGCAACAUUUAUUAUAUCAGUUAUGCAGGCGCUUAUGCAUAUACAUAUAUACAAAAACACAACCCUCCUCACAAUGAGCUCAGUUUUCACACCAGGCAUAGGGAAAAACAACAGAUGAUGUUAGAUGAAGCAGCAGUGGAAUAGUUCUGAGAGGCUCCAUGUCACAUAUGCCUAUAAAUUAACAGAAGUGUCAUUUGGCAUCUUGCAACGUUUUCCACACCAGUUUCUCAUCACUCACUUCACAACUCUGCCUUCUGAGUCAUUCCUUCUUCAUCCAGGCUGCAUGGUCAAGCCAGAGAACUAAGUUUACAUCCAGAUAAGCAUUCUGUCUCUUUCACACAUCAGUCAUUCACCCCGAGUCUAUAUGGCCACCUUUAAAAAUUUGUAUUUGGGCAUAAAAUUAUCUUUUAGCUUAUUAUAAUUAUAAAGAUCACUGCCUGGUAAAUGAUAAAUUAUUGUAAUUAUAAAAUUUUAAUACUUCAAUUAUUGCUCAUUACCUACUAAUUCAUAGCCAUUAGUACCACAAACAUAAUUGUUAUUAACCAAAAGCUAGAGUUUCAUAAUUUCAUUGACAUCACUGUUUUUACAGAUGCAAAAGAGAUAUUCCACCUCUGCAAACCAGUUUGUUCAUUUAUACCAAACUAAUUUUGAACUUCAAACUUUAAAUUAGAUAUAAUUUAUCUAAUUUAUUAUUUGAGUAUUUAAUGUGCUUGGAAUCUGUCAUUCAGAUAUGACAAUAAGUGAGUGUCUGGGUUCUUCCAAGUUUCCCAACUCCAACCCAGGGAGUUACAGCAAAUCAUUUCUCACACAAAACAUCCCUUUGAUUUAGGUGAAUUAUAUUUUUCAGGCAUAUGCUUAAAAAAUGUAAAUAGAGGGACUCCUGUCCUAAUUCACUGCUCCGUGAUGUCACUAUAUCUUGAGGACUUAAAUAUAUAUAAGUUCAGAAAGAGAAAGUGCAUUCCCUCAGCUUCUUGGUGCCUUGAAGCUCCCAGUGUUCUAUUCAUCUUCAUGUGGAACAAAUAUGCAACACUAGCCUGCAACUUGAGUGUGCCAUCUGGGGCCUCUUUCCAAGAACUAUUUUUCUGUAUCAUCAGGGUCUCUUCUGAGCAUUGCUUUUUCUUUUCCUGAGGUCAGAGAAAUUUUGCAACACAAGGGUGGGCCGAGAGGUAUCUUGUGACACAGCAGAACUUGGACACUGGCAGAGGAGUGGUCUUUUCGCCAUUCCUCCAGGACUUCCACUGUAAGGAAAGGAGCCCCUGGACCAACAUCCCCUAAGAUGUUUAUAUGGACCAGUGGCCGGACCUCUUCAUCUUACAGACACGAUGAGAAAAGAAAUAUUUACCAAAAAAUCAGGGACCACGACCUCUUGGACAAAAGGAAAACAGUCACAGCACUGAAAGCAGGAGAAGACCGGGCCAUUCUCCUGGGACUGGCCAUGAUGGUGUGCUCCAUCAUGAUGUACUUUCUGCUGGGAAUCACACUCCUGCGCUCAUACAUGCAGAGUGUGUGGACUGAAGAGUCUCAGUGCAUCUUGCUGAAUGCAUCCAUCACGGAGACAUUUAACUGCUCCUUCAGCUGUGGUCCAGACUGCUGGAAACUCUCGCAGUACCCUUGUCUCCAGGUGUACGUAAACCUGACUUCUUCCGGGGAAAAGCUCCUUCUCUACCACACUGAAGAGACGAUGAAAAUCAAUCAGAAGUGCUCCUAUAUACCUAAAUGUGGAAAAAACUUCGAAGAAUCUAUGUCCAUGGUGAAUGUUGUCAUGGAAAACUUCAGGAAGUACCAACACUUCUCCUGCUAUUCUGACCCGGAAGGAAACCAGAAGAGCGUCAUCCUAACCAAACUCUACAGUUCCAACGUGCUGUUCCAUUCACUCUUCUGGCCAACAUGUAUGAUGGCUGGGGGCGUGGCAAUCGUUGCCAUGGUGAAACUCACACAGUACCUCUCCCUGCUCUGUGAGAGAAUCCAACGGAUCAAUAGAUAAAAACAAAAGUGGAUGAAAUAAUUUUCUUUAAAGCUCAAAUACUGUUUUCUUUCAUUCUUCACCAAAGAACCUUAAGUUUGUAAUGUGCAGUCUAUUGUCAGUUCCUUAAUAUAUUCUUAUACAUAGAGCAAUAACGCAAAAGCUGUUCUAUAUGCAAACAUGAUGUCUUUAUCAUUCAGGAGAAGAAGUAACCGUUUUGUGUUGGUUGGCUGUUUUCAUAAUCUUAUUUCAAUGCUGGAACUAGUACUUCCUUCUCUCAUUCCGCCAAAAUAGGGCUCAGUUAUUCAUUUGCCAAGCUUUGUGGAAGAAUGUAGAUAAUAUUAAUGUGAUAAAGUCUGUAUUCUAAGUUGUCAGAUCUCUUGAAGACAAUAUUUUUUAUCAUUCAUUGUUUACUAAAGCUACAGCCAAAAAUAUUUUUUCUUUUCCUAUUCUGAACUGAGCCCUAUAGCAAGUGAAGGGACCAGAUUUCCUAAUUAAAGGGUGUUAAGCAUUUUCCUUGUAUUUUUACCACAUUACUGUAAAAAAAAAAAAAUAGAGGAAACCCAGCCAGCUACUUUUCUUUCAUUACUUUUUAUUCAUAACUUUAGAUUUUUUAACUAAUUUCCAAAAAAAAAAAGCUGUUUUCAUUAGCCAAUUCUAUAUUUUCUUCAUGUGAUUUAAGUAGAAAAUGAACAGAGCCCCUUUUCCGUUUAAGACCCUGCUACUGUGUAAAGAAAUGAUAUUUAUAAGGAGUUUCAUUACCUAUGAACUGACUGAAUGUUGGUAGGUGCUCCAUCACAACCCAGGAUUUCCUGCGUUACUAAGAUAUUUGUGUGGAACUCUUUCUUUCAUUUCAGCUGAACUGUUAGAUGGCAAAAUUAAGAUGCUCCUUGCUGGUAAAAGCUGGUGAACUUGUUUCAAUGGGUAAAUCUGUUGUGGCAAAUUAACAUAUUGAAAUAUUGCUCUUUGGGAAUUUAUGUUUAAGUUAAUGAAUGUGUAGUCUCUCCUUCUGACAAGUGUUCCCUAUUGAGAUCUUAAAGCUACGUGCAUAGAAUAUUUGUCUCCUCUACAUGUUUUAUUUUUCUAUUUACAAUUCCCUUUUUUGUUGUUAUAUUUUAUACACAAAAUAGACCUUUUUUCUAACACACAUUUGAAAUGAAUAACAGAUUUAAAGGAAGACUUUGUUCACAUUGCUAUUUACUUAUUGUGCUUAGGGGGAAAAUGAGGGAUUGGUUUUAAAUAUAAACAUUCCAUCUUUUAUUUAAUAUCAAUAUCAAGAGAAGACAAACAUCUAUCUUUCUCAUAUAUAUUUAAGUACCUUUUUGUAAUGUAGUAUCAAAGUUUUUUAGGUAUUGCAAAAUUUUACAAAUCACUUGUGGAAUGAAUGGCAAAACUAAUCUGAUGAAGUGGAAAUUAUCCUGCAAUAUUGUAAUUCAUUGUUUGAAUUUUCAUAAGCAAAUAAAUCCAUAGGGUGUCAGGACUUCAAAUGUGUAAUUACGUUUUUAAAAAAAAAA